AUGGGAAUACUUGGUCUCACAGUCUUUGGAGUCACAAGAGCAUCAAGACUUAUGUUCAAGAAGAUUGAUAUAUACAAACAAAAGGGGUUGGCCAAGGAAGUUAUUAUAUCAAAAGGAUUCGCCAGCUGGAACCUCCCACAGGUAUUUAAAGCAAAUCAGCCAAAAGUUCUCAAAUUUUUGGUCCAGGAAGGACAAAAAUAUCGUAUGGAUUAUUUCUCAUGUCCUAUGAUUGUCAAUAAAGAGCAGUUAGAAGAGGUGGUUGGUGAUCAAUGAACCUCAGUUCUGGGCACUGUUAGUGGGGUUUAUCAUGUCCAGAAGCCUCUACUUAUACCUCAAAGAUGGCACAAAGAUACUGAGGGUGAAUUGGAGCUAUUUAACUUAGAUGAUGUGUUCCCAGAGACACAUGCCCAUACGAAUAUAGUCACAAAGUCUCUACGGGGAUUAUUCGAUUCAUUUGUGAGAAGCCAGAGGCUGCGUGGGCCUGUUUCCUUCACUGUGUAUCAAAAUGUUUUUGAAGCCUACAAGGUUAUUUACAUAACUGCUCAGUAAAGCAAAUGGACUCAGAGGGUCCAUCCAGAACUGUGUACAGGUUUAGACACUAGCAGCUGCUUC